ACGGUUUACGUGCGCGCUCCCCCGUUGCGGAGGACGCUACCACAGAGGAAGAUGGCGAAUGCUUGGAGUAUGGCGAUUUACUGCAGAAGCUGAUAAAGGGAAUGAGACGAGAGACGUGGAGGGGAAAAAAAAUCUUCAAAAGAAUACGUGCGGAAUUGCGACAGGAAUUGAGUGGGGGCGGCACAGUAAGACGGAUACGCUCAUCGUUAACGACAAAGAAUGUCCCGCUCCUCAGACAGUGAGGAUGGAUACUUUGUUGCCAUGGAUACAGAGGAGGAUGGUGCAGGAGCAGGGCGUGUUGGAAUGGCAUUGGGGGAAGAUACGUUGGUUACCAACAGAGGAGAGGGGGACCUAGAGGGCUGCAGUGGGGGUGAGAGGACAAUGUUGGAGCUGCCAGAGGAAGUCCUAGAAUACAUCCUGUCCUUCCUGUCACCUUACCAGGAACACAAGACUGCUGCACUUGUGUGUAAACAGUGGUACCGUCUCAUCAAAGGUGUCGCAUAUCAGUGUUACCAUGGUUUCCUGCGGGCCGUCCAGGAGGGCAAUAUUCAGUGGGAGAGCCGCACAUACCCAUAUCCUGGAACACCUAUCACUCAACGGUUUUCACACAGUGCGUGUUACUACGACUCCAACCAGUCUAUGUAUGUGUUUGGGGGCUGUACACAGAGUAGCUGCAACGCUGCUUUCAACGACCUAUGGAGACUUGACCUCAACAGCAAGGAGUGGAUCCGCCCGUUAGCCUCGGGCUCAUAUCCGUCUCCUAAAGCGGGGGCUACCCUGGUGAUGUACAAAGACCUGCUGGUGCUGUUUGGCGGAUGGACCCGGCCCAGCCCGUACCCACUGCAUCAGCCAGAAAGGUUCUUUGAUGAGAUCCAUACAUACUCUCCGUCCAAAAACUGGUGGAACUGCAUCGUGACGACCCAUGGACCCCCUCCCAUGGCCGGACACUCUUCCUCCAUCAUAGGGAGCACCAUGGUGGUGUUUGGAGGGUCAUUAGGGGCACGCCAAAUGAGUAACGAGGUGUGGGUUCUGGACUUGGAGCAGUGGUCCUGGUCUAAGCCCACCAUCUCUGGUCCCUCCCCCCACCCACGAGGAGGCCAGUCUCAGAUUGUGAUUGACAUGGAAACACUGCUUAUUCUGGGAGGCUGUGGAGGCCCUAAUGCGCUUCUGAAGGAUGCCUGGCUGCUCCACAUGGGCGCCCCACCCUGGACAUGGCAGCAGCUGAGGGUGGAGAACGACGAACACGGAGCGCCAGAGCUGUGGUGCCACCCUGCCUGCAGGGUUGGACAGUGUGUGGUAGUGUUCUCCCAGGCGCCGUCUGGCCGUGCACCCCUCAGCCCCAGCCUGAACUCCCGGCCCUCCCCCAUUAGUGCCUCGCCAGGUCCUCUGGGCCCAGAGCCCCCGUCCUUGCGCUCCCAGUCCCCAGUGAGGAGCGGAGCUGCCGGGGUGGUCCUGGGAGCCGUUGAGGAGGCCCCCUGUGUGAACGGCCGCUGGGGCACACUGAGACCCCGUCCCUCGGCUAGAGGGGGUGCCAGGGAGGGCAGCCCCAGCUCUUCCCAGCAGCCAUCGCCCUCCCAGGGCCCUGACAGCCCUCCUUUGCCCUCCCUCCAUCCACUGCUCAAUGGCUCGUCCCCUUCUCCCAGGACCAGCCCAGCCCAGGCUCCCUCCCCGCCCUCUCGCCCCCCUCAGCCCCCGGUCUCGUCAGACUACGGGUGGGAGUCCCCUCCGUCCGCCACCCACCCUCUUUCGUCUGAGGCCCCCAGCACUAAUGGCGUACACACGCCUCCACCUGCCCCCGGCUCCCCACGCACUCCACCCGGGGCUGUGUCCCCUGCGGCCCUGAGACGAGGCCUGGAGGCUGUGAAGAACCUGUCCUUUUCAUCUCUGUCGUCAUCAUCCUCAAACCCACUGUCCCAGGGGGCUACUUCAGGAGGAAGUGGGGGAGGGACUUCUUCUGGACCCUCCCCUUCGUCAUCCUCCAGCCCGCCACAGGUGGCUGCUGCCGCCGCCGGGGCUGACGGACACUCAAUCCCGCCUAUCGCACGGCGGCUUGGCCACCACCCGCCCCAGAGCCUGAACGUGGGCAAGCCGCUUUACCAGUCGCUCAACUGCAAGCCCAUGCAGAUGUACGUACUCGACGUGUCCCGGGCGAAAGCAGCCGGCCUCGUCUCCUGGAGGGUUUAUGGUAAUGGCACCCCUGCUGCAGUCACUGGCCCCCCAGAGACCAGCCUCCACACGGUGGUCCAGGGUAGGGGGGAGCUCAUCAUCUUUGGGGGUUUGAUGGACAAGAAGCAGAACGUGAAGUACUACCCCAAAACCAACGCCUUGUACUUUGUUCGUGCUAAGAGGUAAUGCACCGACGGACGGGUUUUGAGUGACACCUGAAAGCGUUGCUAGGUAACUCACGAUCAAUCUAUCCUGACCAAUACAAGUGAAGUGCAACAAAGCCUUUGUCCUUUGCCGCAGAGGAUCAUGGGGCAAAAAAACAUGUCACACUAAUUCUUGGCGUUUCUCUCCCCACACUAACUUCUGCCUCUACCCUCUUCCCCCUUUCUGUUUUCUGCCUUUCCUAUUUCCUCUUUUCCCUCUUCCACACUUCCUCUUUUACCUGCCUCUUCUAUUGCAUAACUUCAAAGAACAUAACAUUUCAAAACAGUACAGUAAAUUACACACUUGAGAAGUGUGUGUGUGUGUGUGUGUGUGUGUGUGUGUG